AACCCAGUUAAGGAUCGGAAGUCAGGCGCUUUCGAUGAAGGCAAGGACGGCGAUCGUAGGGAUCGUGACCGAGAAAGGGAAAAAGAACCGGCGUGGAUGGAGACAUACAUCCCCGAUGACGGUGCGACUACGUUCCUUGGCCAGGGCACUACAGGAGAGGUCGACGGUAUACAGGCCUUCAAGAGGGAGCAAAGGCAGAAGGAACGCAGAGAUGCGUUAGCUGACAACUCCACUAUCUCACUUGCAGAGCCUAUGAAACCCGCGCAGGAGUCCUCAAUGAACAAUUCAUCGGAAAAUCAGCUCGACGAGAUCCAGUUGUUCAAGCUCAUGAUGAAGAGGGAGGAAGAGAGAAAGGGCUCUGAAUCUAUGCCUCUUGAGACUCCUUCGGACCCCAAUAUGGCCAACAAGCCAUCUGCUGUGGUAUCAUCAGAGUCUGCAAUAUUAGCAGGUUUUGGUGCUAUACGCCCGCCUAAACCUGAGUCGCCGGCACUUAUGAACCCAAGGACUUUUAUCCAGUCAGGUUCUCCCCUCUCGCGCAUUCAAUCCACAGAACCACGGCCUCCCAUUCCAUCAUCAGCGGAGGCAGUCGGGUCCCGCUUUUUCCCCAGUAUGCUCGCCGACCAAACCUCAAACCCUCCAGCUGCCAGGGCUCCAAAUGCUGACGCUCAAGGCAAUUUACCCGUCGGUUCACGCCUCCUUGCACUUGGCUCACGGCCAUCUCAAACAUCCAUUACGCCACUGCCUGCUCCCCAACGACCUACUUCGCGAUCUCCCGCUCCCCUACAGAAUCCGUCUAUGCAUCCCAACAAGCUCAGUGGUCAGCGCACGCCGGACCUUGGUUUCACUAACACGAUAGUACAUGGAGACCCAGGCAUCCUUCCAUCUCUAUCCCCAAGUAUUUCAGGCGGCAUACAGGCUAUGCGCUCAGGGUCUGGGCCGGUAAACAUGGAUCGCUCGGCCUUCUUACAGUCAGAUCCAAGGCAAAUGCACGGGCUGGGAGGCAGUCCUCACGACCCUGCAUCAAGUUUAGGAGGGACUGCUGCCAAAGGAAGUCGCUUUGCAAAGUUCUUCGACGAGAAGGCCCGUGAGGCUCAGGUUUCUGUUAAUCAGCAAGAACAGCUACUUGGAGGAGCCCCCAUUGCUUUGCGUCAGCGGCAGGACAUCGGCGGUAAUGGAAUCCAUGCCGACGCCCGUGCCAUGGAAGAUAUAUUUGCUAUGCUUAGCCAGUCCGCUCAGCAAGGAACGAGAUUACAUCCUACUCAGGACACGUUCAUUCCGGAUGCACGGUAUUUCAAGGGCCAUGCCAACGGCUCCAUGGUCAGUCAGCAAACGACGCCGAGUUUCCAGGGCAAUCAUUCUCGCUUGGAUUCGCUAUAUGAUAGUCGUAUGGAUGACAAGAACUUCGUUCCCGAUGGCUUGGUACCUGGGUUGCGCACGGCUCCUCCACGGCCGCGACAAAACAGUGCGGUAUACUCUGACAUGAUAGAAGAUGCUGCCCAGUUGAACGUGCAGAGAGGACCACAUCAACAACGUCUUUUGGAGCAGAUGUACGCCAACUCGAACCCCUCUAUGUAUGGUCAUCAACACAACGUUGGGCGCGGUACCAAUGCUCUUCUGCAACAACAGGCUCAGCUCCGAGGGGGACCUUCACCGAACGGCUUGCCUAACGAUGGACAAAGGCUACCCCCUGGCCUCGCUAAUUUGGGAGGUCGCCCACCUCAUGACGGUAACUUUGUGCCUCAACACAUGCUUGCGGGGGGCAACAUGAACGGGCCUUUACAGAACAACCCGUCUCCGCUUCCCUAUGGCAACUUUCCGCCAAACGGUAACAACUUUGGCGGUCAAAUGCGAGCUCCUCAUCCUGGGCACCAGCUGCCAAAUAUUCCUCAUAACCAAGCUCAGCUUCACGGUCUGGCGAACAAUUCGAACAUGUCUGCAGCACUCAGAGGGACUGGAGGGGUGGGUCAGCAAACUCAUCAGGGCCCAGGACCAAUGCUCGGAAUGCGCCAACAACCCCAGCAGCAAAUUCCACCACAUAUGCUUUCCCAAAUGUUGCCCCCACAUCUCCAGCACCAGGCCAUGGCGGUAUCGAAUAAUCAACCUGCGCACGAUCUAAUGGCCUUGUUGAUGGGUGGAAAUCGGAGAGAGUAAUAGUCUCUAUAUGCCAUGUGGCUAGCUUUGACCCUGUCUCUUCUCUUCUCUUUCGUUUCUCAUCUUUCUUUUGGACUUGGCGAUUUCUUUUUCUCACAUAAUAUUGUCUUCUGCUCCCGAUGCUUGCAAGUCUCGCAUUAAUCUAAACCCCACCACCUGGCCGCGAUCAUGAAUAUGUCUUUCGAAACUGGGAUGUCAAAGGACGUCAACCCAGCUGCGCCAUCCGCCCGUAGGGUGCGCCCGAUGACACCUAGGUGUUCGGGAAAUCAGCCUAAAGUUCGGCCAAGUUUCCGGCGACUCGGAUUUAUUUCUCCGAGCAUCUGGGUUUUGGCAGGCAUCUUCGAAUUUUUGACGAGACGAGUUUAAUUAACUGUACCAGGGUUCUAGAACAGGAACAAUCUUUACAUCUCACCAAAGCUCGAACUCAU